AAGGGGAUUGUAGUAAAGGAAAACAAAGUAGGCACAACACAACAAGCAAAGUUUUCAAAUCGAAACGGCAACAUUAACAUUCGGAGUUCAGUCGUCGUUCAGUUUAGAAUAAAUAUCCUCCUGGGGCUUUAAACAAAUAAAGAGGGGCAUAACCUAGUGAAAAUUAACUGCAAAAUUUGUCUGUGAUUGUGUGAAUCAGCUGUGUGGGAAAUUCGAAACGGAAGACUCUGGAACCUUCUCGUCGCUUAUUUCUAUUGCGAUCUGACCUCGAGCGGAGCUUUAGUGACGACCUCUAACAAAGAACAAAGAAAGCCCGAGUGCAGUUGCCACUGCCUUGUAAUAACCACCAAGCCAUAUACACAACUGGCUCUAACCGGUGGUAACCAAAUUCGCAAUUGGUCGAAACCAGUUGCUGCAGCUGCCUAACGUCGCACUUCCGCCCGUGAGGAGACAACAAAGAGCUCGAAUUGAAUAUGGAUGCCCAGGAAAGUAGGAGUGAACAGUCGGGACAAUCGGUCGACCACGAACAGCACGAGGAGCAUCGGAUCCGUACGGACAGCGAGAGCUCCGUGGAAAGCAUGACGCGCUUCGUGCUGCCCAGCUUGGAUGGCACUCCGCCGAAGAUUGUGACCAUGGACGAGGUGUCCAGCAUGUUCAAGAACUUGCGGAACAUGGAACUGGCUCACGAGAUAGCCAUCAAUCCGGACUUCAAGCUGCAGAAGUACGAGCCGCCCUCGGAUAGUUUGGAGGGCGCCAUCAAGAAGAUGGUACACAAGGCCUUUUGGGAUCUGCUGCGUGUGCAGCUGGAACGCCAGCCGCCAUCGUAUGAUCAGGCCAUCCGGUUGCUGGCCGAGAUCAAGGAGUGCUUCCCGCAGCUGCUGUCGCCCAACAACGAACGUGCUCUGGCCCACAUCAACGAGGUGCUGGAUGACUCCGUCAUCCGCCAGCAGGCGGAGCGGGGUACCCUGGACUUUCGGGCAUAUGCCAACUUUGUGAUCAACAUCCUGUCGCGAUCCUGUUCGCCAGCUAGGGACGAAGCUGUGGCCGCCCUGCGUAAGAUCGACGAUGUGGUGGACACGUUUCGCUGCAUCCUCGAGCUGAUGACGCUGAUGAAGCUGGACAUGGCCAACUUUAUGCUUCGGCUGGCGCGCACCGAAAUCGCCGCCAAUUCGGUGCAGUAUGAGAAGGAGAAGUUUAGCAAGUACUUGCGCGAGUUCCAUGGAAAUGUUGGUUUUCCGGCCACUGAGGAUUGGCUGCAGCGUCACCGGUCCGGUGGCAACGAUGAUGAGAUCAUUUACAAUGCCUACGUGCAGCUGCUUGACUAUCCGGCCGACAAGGAGUUCCCGGAGCUGUUGCGCAUCGACAAGGAGCGCUUCGCCGGCCUGAGCUGGCGCGCCCAGCGCUUGAUCCUGUGCGCCUCGCUCAUCUCGGUGGCCCAGGGCAUGCCUAUCAUAGCGCAGCGCCGCGAGAACCGCAUCAAGCUGGCCCAGCAGCUGGACAUCAUUGUGCAGGACAUCAAGAACCAGGACCAAGUGGCCUCUACCAUCGAGAGCUGCUAUGAGCAGAUUCGCUCCUUUGUGAACAAGGCCUUGGAGCAGGAGAACAUGCCCGCGAUGAGUGAUGCCGACCAGGCAGCACUCAAGAAUCAGGUGCUCAAGCUGACCAACAAGGCGUCGCCGGUGCCCAGUUUGAUGGCCAAACGAUUGGAUGGCUAUGUGCGCGUGACCCUGCGCUCCAAUGGCAGCAUUCCGCCGCCGCCCUCGGGAUUCGCGGACUACCAAGAGGAGCUGGUUGCAUUUAUCGCCUCGUUCCGUCGCCUAGUGUCCUACAACCACGCCGUGUUCGGGGAGCACUUUCACCAGAUUCUCAACAAAACGUUGCCCGGCGAGGAAACGCAGGCUACCACUUCCGCGGCCAGUGGCAUAAACGCUGGCCAGGCCCAGACUGCCAAGCCUUAGGUGUAAUUGUCUACCGUCUAAGGCAACACAAGAUACCAGCAUACAACACUCAGACACACCUGGAGGCGACUGGCAGAUCUGGCGGAGAUCUGCACGAUGUUAGGGCACCCGGAGUAGCGGACAGCAGCUUCCGUUGGAGGUGGAGAGAUUCCGUAUUCCGCAGCUGCUUUCCCAUGUGACGUGACACCUGCGUAGAAAAUUUGACGCACGCACCCGUAACCACCAAGUAGAAACGAGUACUCCAGACCCAAAUCCCCCUGCAAAACCAGUGGGAUCCGUGGCGUCUGAAAGGAAUCAAUAAUGUGCUGGGGCGUCUGUGAUAACAAGAAUAUUCAAUACAAAAUUGAAAUUUGUGGGGGUUUAGAUAAGUGAGCUCGAUUAUGUGUGCUCCUCUAAUUUCGCAAUCUUAACCCCCUCUUCAUAGUUACGAUCAACGCAUAUAUAUAUAUAUUAUGAUUAUACAAGUGUACCCUAACCCCGGACUAAUCCUAAUUCUUAGACUUCUGUGACCGUAACCUCCAUUGAAUUUAGUUUAUUUUAUUGAUCAGUGUUUCGACUGAAUCUUCACGAAUAUGUAUAUCUUUAACUAGUGUACCGAUAUUCAAAAUAAAUGAUUUCAAGGGAACAUUACAUCAUA